UUUGUAGAAUAUCUUGACAACAAUUUUCGUGAAUGCAUCAUUCUUGGUGGCUCAAGCCGGCCUUUUAAAAUUAGCGUUUGUCUUGUCAUUUUAGUUGUGACAUUUGACGAUUUAGUCAAAGGUAUAUGGGGUUGGAAGGCCAAUGGAGAUCUUUCACUUCAUCUAGUACCGUCUUUCGCCUCCGAGCCAAGGACUUGCAUGUGCGCUGUAACUCAUCUCUCGAGUCGUCAGGCAUAGGGAGAGAGCGUCCUCUGGGAAUAGACCUCUUGAGCUUUUAUGCUUUGUUUUCCCAAUAGUGGUCCCAGGGGAACUUGACCCUUUGUCUUUUCAUAAAUUAUACAUACAUAUGCAACGUGCACAAGACGAAGUUUGAAAGAAACAGUUCUCUGGAGUAUUAUCACAUGACCUGUAUUGGGAAAACAAUUAAAACAUAAAAGCUAAAGAGGACUACUGGUCAGAAUUAAGGCCAGUGAUGCGCGAGCGAGCACUGGGAAUAUUAAGCUAUUACCAGCGAGAGAUGUAUUCCAAGCUUGUGUUUGGAUUUCUCCCUCGGGAGUGACUUUGUGUGUAUGCAAGCAGAUUUGGCCAGUUUAGCGAAACGGCUGGAGGAUUGGAUUCGUGCGGUUUGGAAGCCCCUUGUGGGGAGGGGAAUGGGGCUUAUGUACACCCAUUUUCGUUUGUGAUUCGUUUGUUUUUCCUUCCCUUCCCCUACUUUUCUAUCUCUUUGGUCUAGUCCUAUCGUCUUCUCGUCAGCGGACUCGCAUUCCCGUAACUCAUUUCUCGGGUUCUCAGGUCUUUGUUACUCGAGCGUCCACUGGGAAUAUAUUGCAAUAACUCUUGUCAAUAGCCUGUCAAAGUUUGGCUCUUUUGGCCUACUAAUCUUUCAGUGA